CUACCAACCACAACCAAACUCAAUAAACGUCCACUCUCUCUCUCCCUCGAACCUUCUCUUCAUGUUACUACCACAGGGAAUCUCCAGACCUCUCCCACUCCCUCUCAUGCCCAAAUUCUUCCCUCCUCUCUCUCUUCACCAUAUCACACCUGCCUUCAACUCCCUCAUCAGAACCCACACACACAACCACCAACCCCAUAAGGCCAUCUUAACCUACACUCAAAUGCUUAAAACCAACACCCCACCAAACCAUUUCACCUUCCCCUCUCUCCUCUCCUCAUGUGCCCAAACCUUCUCUCUCUACAUUGGCCAAUCCAUCCAUACCCAUAUCAUACACCUGGGUUUCAAUUCCAAUGUGUACACAGACACUGCCCUCCUCCACAUGUAUUCUUCCUGUAAAUCCAUGGCCUCAGCCUGCAAAAUAUUUGAUGAAAUGACCCAAAAGAACUCCGUUUCUUAUAACGCCAUGAUCACUGGUUAUACCCAUAAUCGCGAGUUCUCGAAUGCUCUGAAAUUGUUUUCGGAGAUGCAAAUUUCUGGGUUCAAGCCGACUGAGACCACGGUGACUAGCGUUCUCUCUGCUUGUGCUCACUUGGGUGCUUUGAACCAGGGGAAAUGGGUCCAUGAAUACAUAAAAACCAGGAAUUUAACUGUAAAUGUCUUUGUGGGUACUUCACUAAUUGACAUGUAUGCAAAAUGCGGGAGCAUAGAUGAGGCCAUGGUGAUGUUUGAUGGCACGAGACAUAGGAAUGUGUACACAUGGAAUGCCAUCAUAUCAGGCAUGGCCAUGAAUGGCUAUGGUGAAAAAGCUCUGAAACUCUUUAGAGAGAUGGUGGGUGAUGGCCAUGUCAGGCCUGAUGGGGUGACAUUUCUUGGUGUGUUAUGUGCUUGCAGCCAUGAGGGGCUGGUUUAUCAAGGUUACCAGUACUUGGCCAUGAUGAGAGAUGAAUUCAGCGUGACGCCAUGUAUUCAACACUAUGGAUGCAUGGUUGAUCUUCUAGGCCGAGCUGGUUUAUUAGAAGAGACUAUGUCUUUGAUUGAGUCCAUGCCCAUUGAACCAGAUGCCAUAGUUUGGAGAUCACUGCUUGGAGCAUGUAGGAUUCAUGGAAGAACCGAUCUCUCAGAGCUUGCAGUCCAGAACCUCCUCCGAUUAGAGCCUGGAAAUGGUGGGAAUUAUGUCCUUCUCUCUAACCUCUACGCCCGUGCUCAUAGGUGGAAUGAUGUCGCUCUAGUGCGAGAAACUAUGAAACUUAGAGGGAUUCGAAAGGAACCCGGGUGUAGCUCAAUAGAAAUACAGAAUGUGGUCUAUGAAUUCAUAGUUGGGAAGGCAGUUUCGAAAGAGAUUUGUAGGAUGUUGAGUGAUGUAGAGAGAGAGUUGAGGCUUGCUGGUUAUGUAGUAGACACAGAGAUGGUUUCUUAUGAUGUGGAGGAAGAAGAGAAAGAAACUUCUCUAAUGUAUCACAGUGAGAAGCUUGCUCUGGCUUUUGGGCUUCUAAAGAUUCAAGAAGGGGAAGUCAUAAGGAUUGUGAAGAAUUUGAGAGUGUGCAAGGAUUGUCACACUUAUUUUAAGCUUGUUUCAAAGGUUUAUAGGAGAGAUAUAACAGUUAGAGAUAGAAACAGGUUUCACCACUUUAGAGGUGGAGAUUGUUCUUGUGGAGAUUACUGGUGAAGGGGCAUGGGGUGAGGAUUUUGUGGUCAAGUAUCCCCAGCUUCACAGCCAAGAGAAAGGUCCUAUGAAUUGGCCAGGAAAUGAUUGACAGAAGGAGAUCUGGGCCAGAGUGUUGCAUAACGCUUGUUUAGGUGAUUUUACUGAUUUACAUUUGCAUCUGUGGAGAAACUCCGGCGACCCAGCUCAGACUUGCCUGAGUAACUUAGACUUGCCACCCUGGCAACUCUGAGUAU